GGCGGCCACCAGCCGCUCGGCCGAGGCGGCCCCGCGCCUCCCGCUGCUGAAGUUCUCCAGGAAGCGGACGGCGCGCGCCUCCAGCGGCACCUGCGUCCCGCCCGACGUCACCAGCGCCACGCGCCGCCCGCGCGCCGCCUGCCCCGCCGCCCAGGCCCGCACGCGCCCCUCUGCCGCCGCCGCCGCCGCCUCCUCCCCGCCACCCGCCGCCGCCGCCGCCGCCAUGCCCGCCCCGCCCACUUCCGCCGGAAGUCGCGCCAACCGGAAGCGUCGCCUUGGCAACGCGGCGGCGGCCGCGGGGCGGGCGGCGCUGGAGGGGUCUCGCCGCUGCGAGCUUUGUGGGGCGGCGGCGGCGCGGGUCCGUUGCGAGGGCUGCCGCCUCACGUACUACUGUGAUGUAGCUCAUCAAAAAGCUGACUGGGUUAGUAUCCACGAGCGAAUAUGCCAGCUGCUGAUUCCAAUCCGUACGUCCGUCCCUUUUCUCCUUUCUGAAAAAGAAAGAAAACAUGGCACGGAGCAGCUGGUGAAGAGGCAGAAAUACAUCAUCGAUCUGGCGUACAGCACAGCCCGGGAGUUUGUUUGGGAUGGAAAGCACCAAGAAGCCAUCCCUGCAGCUUUGCACGCGCUGCGUUUCAGUACCGAAGUGUACGGCUCAAAUUCCGUGCAAUUGGUGCCUGCUUAUCUCCUCUUGGCCGAGGCCUCCACGGGUGUUGGCCGUCUGCCGGAGGCAUCCAAGUAUCUCUCCCAAGCUCAGUGGAUUGUCCUCACAACCCCCGACUGCGGCGCUGCUGUUCAGGGCAAACUACACCGUGGUCUGGGGCUUUUCUGUACCGCUGAAGGAAACUUUGAACAGGCUUUAUACCACCUGGCAAAUGAUAUUUACCUUGCUAGCUCUACAUUUGGACUAAAAUCUGUUGAGGCCUCUGGAGGGUAUUUCCACAUGGCUAAUGUGUUCUUUCGCCAGAACAAAAUGGACAUAGCGAACUCACUCUACGCUGAGGUAACCGACAUCUGGCGUGCCUUUCUUCUGAAGUCAGUUCAAGCGCAGGAGCGAAUUCUCGAGUCGCGGCCGGAAACGUCUCCGUUCGCCGGGGACGAGGAAGUCGGCGAGGACCGUAUGAAUCGGUUCACUCUCCGUGCAGCUGAAGCCCAGCGAGCGGAAGCGAUCCGAGUGCUGAGCGCCGUGUUGGAUGUCCGAGAACAGGCACCGAAGCAACGACCCGGGGAAACCGCCGGGGUUCUGCACGCUCUCGCCAUGCUUUAUUACCUGACCGGGGAUUUACCAAAGGCUCGCGAGGCCGGGCUGCGAGCCUUCCACCUGCUGAAACCGCUGCCCCGACAAGAGUCUCUAGAAACCGUCGGUCAUUUGUUGGAGCUGAUUAACUCCCAGCUUUCCUGCUCGAAAUAAAGAACUCUUUCUACCCGAGCCAGGUGUUCAGCUGGGUUAUCGCGCCGAUGGGCUGCUGGAAACGAAAAGCGUUCCCGAGCCGCGGGUCCUUUCUGCUGCUGCCGUCGUCCCAGCGGUGCCCCUUUCUGUCUCGAGGUGUUUGAAAAUUAAACAUUUUGGUAUGAGUUAGUUUUCACGUGCUGCUCGGCCUUAGGGCGUAACAGCACGAGGGCGGGAAACAAAAGCACAACCAACACGCGGCUCAUAAAUCAUUAUCUAAUGAUUUAUGAAUAAGCAAACAGCCUCUUACGUCCUCGCAUUGUCUGUCCAGCAGCUAAGACACGCAGAGGUGUGUUUGUUACCGCUUUCCCCGCUUUGCCUUUCAGCUUGACGAAGGAGAUACCGGGGCGGGACGCGGGGAAGGUCCUCGCUGCGUACUCAGCGUGGCUGGUUGUCACCUGCUCCCUGGGAGCCGGCCGGGCUCCAUCAGGGGUUGCUCCUCUCCGCGGUGCCCCUCCGUCUCCACAUCUCUCUUUUUGCAGCGCUUUCGAGGAAUCUCGGAGCUCGGGGCACCGAGGGACUUGCUUGUUCCGCUUGUGGAGGAACUUGCAGCCAGGAGGAACCAGGAGAACGGCGUGAGGGACUAGAAGCAGCCUUGAGGGAAAGGAUUAAAAGGCCGGCGAGCUCCAGUCAGCACUUCCAGCCCAAAGGAGACACGGUUUCCUCAUGGCUGAGAGCUCGCCAGCACGCGGGCAGCCCGUUAACUCCGACGCCAACCUCCGGAGGAGGAAAUCCCUUGUGUCACCCGGAGCUUCUGCCCACGGAGCUCCACCGAGCAGGGUCCCAGCCUGCAGCUCCAGCGGGAGCCGCCCCAGAGGGCGGCACGGAGACCCGCGGGGCAGAGGGUCCCGGUGUCCCUCGCUGUGGAGGCAAAGGGACGUUGGCACAGGGCUAGAGGAGACCCCGGGGAGCGAGACGGGACACGGGCUGGGCCUGAGCUGGGUUCAGACGCGGAAGCAUGUGACGGCCUCGCGCAGCUGGGGAAGAGGUGAAGGGAAACUUGCCCUGCUGCUCCGGUCUGAAUUCAGCUCAGCUUUAAGCCUACGAUUAAGUCUCAUUUACUUCAGGAGGAUUUAUGAGUGCAUUUAAUUGCCUCGCUGAAUUGGGAUGGAGUCAAGUACGCUUUCUAAACGCUUCGUCAAGCUGGGACCUGAGCAAUUAGAAGGGAUUGAUGCUGCCGGUGGAGGGAAAGCCUCCGCUUCAGCCCGUGUUUCGUUACACGGGGUGGUUGGGGGGCACGAGGGCCCCCACGGCAGAGGGGGUGGGAGACUGCGGCGCCCUCCCGGGGGAGAUCCUGGUGUGUCACGUCCACCCUCAGCAGGUCUCCCCACGGCCGGAACGACCACCUCCGCGCGAGAGGGGACUGCGCCUUGCUGGCACCGUGCCGCGGGGCGCGGAGGAUUCGGGUCACCGUGGCCGGGGAUUUGGAGGCGCGGGCUCGGCGCUGGCGGUAAUCCCCGGGGACGCUCUGCAGCCGGGCUGAGCCCGCCCGACGCGCCGGGCUGGCGGCUCCGUGUCACCGCGCCGGGCUGUUCAACGCCCUCAAAGACGGCGUGAAAAUGGACUUUGCGUGGAGCUGGGCAUCCCCAGGAGCGGCGACGGGCAGGGGCUGGGAGUGGGAA